CGGAGGAAUACAACUCCGUUGACGAUCUUAAACGGUGGAUUGGCAAGAUAACUGCCGUUCUUGACGAGAUACGCUCCAGUUCGCAAAAAAUCCCCGAUGCUACCUCGCCUGGACUUGUCCAAGAAGAGAAGAAGGUAGAGUGGCUCGAAAGGCUCUAUUCCUGUCGCUAUAGGGGUCGCAAGGACGUAAAUCCGCCACGAGUCGAAGGGACAUGAGAAUGGUUUAUAGCCAUCCGCUGUUCCGAAAUUGGCAGCAAAGCAACGCAGCUAGCUUGCUAUGGGUAUCUGCGGACCCUGGCUGCGGAAAGUCGGUAUUGGCCAGGUACUUGGCGGAUGACUUUCUGCGGAGCACGGAUACAAGAACGACCUGCUACUUCUUCAAGGACGGCUUCGAUGACCAGAAAUCUUCGACUACUGCUCUGUGCUAUAUCUUGCGUCAAAUCUUCAAACAGCGUCCCGGCUGUUUCUCAGACCAAAUCCUGAGAAAGCUCGAGGAGGACAAAUGGGUAGAAAAGGGCGAAAAAAAGCCUUCAACGUCCUUCCGUGACCUCCGGGAUUUGUUUAUGGCUGCCGCGAUUGGCCACGAGACGGGCGAGAUUGUCUGCAUCAUCGAUGCGCUCGACGAAUGCGAGGACUCGAGGCGCAAUCAGCUUAUCGAUCCUAUCUCAAAUUUCCACUCUCACACGACGGCUCGCACUCCAGUCUUGAAGUUCCUCUUGACCAGCCGGCCCUACUGGGGUAUUAGAAGAGAAUUCUCCCAGCAUCUAGAACGCAAACUACCAAUGAUUCACUUAAGUGGGGAAAGCGCGGAAGAAGCAAGCAAGAUUUCUCGCGAGAUUGACUUGGUGGUUAGAAACAGAAUAGCGGACGAUGGUAGAAAGCUAGAGCUUACCGAAGAGCAGCAGAACGUUCUGAGAGAGGAACUUACGCGGGUUCCAAACCACACCUACCUCUGGGUGUAUCUCAUCUUCGACAUCAUAAACAGGAGCAUUAUCGACAGAGCAGAAGAUAUUCGGUCGAUAGCCAAUACGAUUCCGGAAACGGUUGAUGCAGCAUACGACAACAUCUUGUCAAAGAGUCCAGAUAUUGGGCGCGCUAGAAAGAUCCUCCAUAUCAUCGUCGCAGCAGCGAGACCGCUAACUCUGCAGGAGAUGGACCUAGCUUUGGCGAUAGGUCCUAAACAUCGGUCAUUCGGCGAUCUGGAGCUGGUCCCAGAGACACGAUUCCGCGAAAACAUCAGGCAGCAUUGUGGACUUUUCGUAGUGGUGGUCGAUUCGAAAAUCUACUUGCUCCAUCAAACGGCCCGCGAAUUUCUAGUGCCGUCGCUAUCACUAGAGCUGCUAGGAUCUCCUUUAAGUGGCCCGAAGCUACAAUGGAAGUUCUCGCUUCAUCCGGGAGAAUCCAAUCGUAUCCUUGCCGAAAUCUGCAUGUGGCGGCUGUCAUGGUCGGACAUUAACCUCAAGACUCUUCAAGCAAGUCAACAAGAACGACACCAGUACAUCGCAAAGCGCACGCUUCUGGGUUAUUCAUCCCAGUACUGGGCUGAACACUUCCGCAAAGGUGAUUGGAAUGGCGGAGAUUGGACGAUCGAGAAGGCAACCAAGAAGACCACGGAAUUUUACACCAGUAAUAGUUGCGUCCUAUUUUGGACAAGACACGGUCGUGCAGCAGCUUCUCGAGACCAGCGCCGAUGCGAAUGCUGAGGAAGAGGAUGGCUCGACGCCGCUUCACUGGGCUUCUAUAUACGGCCACGAUACGGUCGUACAGCGGCUUCUCAAGGCUGGCGCCGAUGUGAAUACCAAGAACGAGAAUAGCUUGACGCCGCUUCACUGGGCUUCUGAGAAGGGCCACGAUACGGUCGUACAGCAGCUUCUUGAGGCCGGCGCCGAUGCGAAUGCUAAGGAUAAGGAUGGCUGGACGCCGCUUCACGAAGCUUCUAGGGAG